AUGUGGAGCCCAAGACCUGCCAAGAACGGAUUGGGGAAAUUCAUCAAAUGCGAUAAAACUCUAGAAUCCCGGCUGGAAGGUACGUAUCGACAGGGAUCAAGCCUAGCAAGAUACAUACUCAUUUUGGUAAACAGCAAACUGCCCCAAAGAGCACAGCCUUGUUUCAUCAGCCGUGCAGCCAUGGACCAAGAACGCCCCUAUAAUGGCAACUACAGCAGCCGAGCAGGUUCGCGUACAAACCACCGUGCCUCGGAGACCCCCACUUCACCAAAUGAUAUAAUGACUCCUCACCGCGCCGCCACGCCAGAGAGCCCAUAUCUCGCUGCCACACCCGGAGCCGCCAGCAGCAGCAAUCCAUUCGGCGACGGCAUCGAGUCUCGGGCUUCGCACAGAUCUUCGGCUGCUGGCCAGAACCCCUUUGGCACGCCUGCCAUGUCGCGGCCCGCCUCAAGCUACGAGUCCGGGAGUGGGAUCGGCAACAGGUUCGAGGAGCGCGCUCAGCGCUACUUUCACAGCAGGAGGGUUCGCAAGGGCGAGGUGGAGAAGCCCUGGCUGGAGAAGCGUCACCCCAAGGAAAAAUGGGUUACCAUCCUGCCCAUUCUCGGCAUCCUCGUCGGACUUGGCAUCUCGGGCGUGCUGGUGUGGGACGGCAUCAGGAGCGUGGUGAAACACGAGUACUGCGUGGUGCUCGAUGAGAACUUCUCGGGAGGUCUGCGGGACGACGUGUGGACGAAGGAGAUCACAGUGGGCGGUUUUGGCAAUGGCGAGUUCCAAGAAACAACUGGGACCGAUGAGAAUAUUUUCAUCGAAGACGGCGUCCUCAAGAUCAAGGCCACUCUCCAAGAUGAGACCAAAAUUCAACAGGACACUGUUAUUGACCUGCUCAAGGACGGCACCUGCACGUCUACGCUAGAGCGGGACUGCAUUGCCGCGACAAACACAACUGUAGGCAACGCAACCAUCGUCCCGCCCACUCGCUCGGCCCGUAUCAACACCAAAAAGGGUGCUACGAUCAAGUACGGCCGCGUCGAAGUGACGGCUCGCAUGCCAGAGGGCGACUGGCUCUGGCCGGCAAUCUGGAUGAUGCCGGUCGAAGAUGUCUACGGUCCCUGGCCGCGAUCCGGCGAGAUCGACAUUGCCGAGAGCCGUGGUAAUGACUGGAGAUACGCCCAGGGCGGCAACAACAUUGCGUCGUCGGCACUGCACUGGGGCCCUAACGCGGCCAACGAUGCGUGGUGGCGCACCAACAACAAGCGGCAAGCUCUCAAAUCGACCUACUCCUCCGACUUCAACACGUUCGGCCUCGAGUGGUCGCAAAACUACCUCUUCACCUACAUCAACAGCCGCCUGCUGCAGGUCAUGUACGUCAACUUUGACCAGCCGCUGUACAAGCGCGGCAAUUUCCCAGAGGCGGGAGCCAACGGCACACGUCUCCAGGACCCCUGGACCCAGACGGGCCGCAGUCAGACGCCCUUUGACCAGCGCUUCUUCCUGAUCCUGAACCUGGCCGUCGGUGGCACCAAUGGCUGGUUCGAGGACGGCAAGUCGGGCAAGCCGUGGCUGAACGGGAGCCCCAACGCCAAGAAGGACUUUUGGGAGGCGCGCGACAAGUGGUACCCGACCUGGAAGCGGCCCCAGAUGGAGAUUCGCAGCGUCAAGAUGUGGCAGCAGUGUGACGGGAAUGAGGAGCUGUAA